AUGCACACCUCUACCGCUCUCGUUCUCUCUCUUCUCGCUGUAUCUGUUUCGGCAGCACCUCCACAUCUCGAAGCCCGCAAGGGUGCUGCUCCAGUCGGCGGCCCCGCCUCGGCGAAGGUGACGAUUUAUAGCAGCUAUACCUGUGCUGCACCGGGCACUACCCCACCAACAGAUGGCAGCGCAGGAACCGCAACGUCCUUCACAAUCGCAGAGGGUACAUGCACAAUACCCACUUUCGGCCUGGCUUUCGGAGGAGCGAUCACAGCGACACUGGUUACAACACCGAAGACUGGUACUGUUGGAUGUUAUAUUCUUGGACACAGUCAACAGGGCUGCGGUAUCACGCUGACCAACAAUCUCUAUGGUUGGCCAUUUAAUGGCAUUGCUGUUGGCAAUAGUGUUGGGUGUGGCAACGCACCGGCGGGCACCGCUUGGGGUGCUUUCGAGGUCCUGUGUGUUUGA